GCCCAGGAGGGAGGAGGAGGGAGGGGGGAGGAGGGAGGGGGGAGGGGAGCGGGAAAGGAGGGAGGUGGAGAGAUAAGACAGAGAACAACCGCCGGGUCACGACCCCAGAGAGAGAGAGAGGGAGAAGCAGCGAGCGAUGUCAACAGCGAUGGAGUUGUCCGAGCAGGUUGUACAGAGCAUGGCCAUCGGUGCGGUCUUCAAGGAUUAUGGCGCGAAGGUGAACUCGCUGGAUUUCCACAGAACGGAGGACCUUCUGGUGACCGCGAGCGACGACGAGUCAAUUCGCCUGUACAACACGGCGUCGGCGACUCUCCUGAAGACCAUUCACAGCAAGAAGUAUGGAGUAGAUAAGAUCUGUUUCACUCACCAUGCCAAUUCUGUUAUGUACUCGUCGAAGAAUAACUGGGAUGAAAGUCUACGUUACCUGUCGUUGUUUGAUAACCGUUACCUUCGGUAUUUCAAGGGGCACAGGGAUCGCGUGAUAUCGCUGUGCAUGUCGCCCAAGAACGAUGCCUUCAUGUCGGGAUCGCUGGACAAGACUGUGCGACUCUGGGACCUGCGGAGCAACGCCUGCCAGGGACUGCUUCGCGUCCGCGGACGACCGGCGGUCGCCUACGACGAGCAAGGACUGGUCUUCGCCGUGGCAAUGGAGGGCGGCGCCAUCAAGCUCUUCGACGUUCGGUCGUUCGACAAAGGCCCUUUCGACACUUUCCUGGUCGGCGGCGACACCGCGGAGGUCACGGGGAUGAAGUUCAGCAACGACGGCAAAUUAAUGUUGUUGUCAACGGCCAACAGCCGAGUCUACGUGCUGGAUGCUUACAGCGGGAAGAAGUUGCACUGCUUCACGCUGACGCCGGCGGAGAACGGGGGCACUCUGGAGGCCUCUUUCAGUCCCGACUGCAGGUUCGUCAUAUCGGGAUCGGGAGAUGGCAGCUUGAGGGUCUGGAGUACGGUGACCGGAGACGAGGUCGUGAGCUGGACCAAUCACGCGGGAGUACCGGCGGUUGUGAAAUGGGCGCCAAGAAGGCUCAUGUUUGCUAGCGCGUCAUCAGUGCUCGCAUUCUGGAUACCCGAUCUGUCGAAAUUGGCAACGCAGCUCGAGAUGAAGAUGUGUGUUUAUAAAAUGCUCCGUGACUCCAUUAUGCGGCCAGAUGAAAGGGCAUUUGAGAAUACACAAAACCUAUUUCCAGAUGUCUCCUUUGACACACUGAGCAGCAUAGUUUCACAGGAAUGGUCGCGGAAGAUUCGAAUGAAUCACCACCGCCACAAAAAUCCAAACAAAAUCGCUGAGUAUAUACGCAGGUAUGCGUCUGGUGAGGACAUUUUGCAAAUAAGCGAGAGCAUCGACCUUCCUCCUUGCUUGUUUGCACGGUUCUUGUUAGAGCAUCUGGUCGGGGUCAACAGGCAUAAGGUUGGGUCGUAUCUGCGAGACCCUUCACAGCUCCCAGAUGAACCGAUAAUGGUUCCAUCGGUGUUUCUGCGGGGCUCAGGAUCGCCGUUUAAAGGGGGCGUUAAUAAUUCGACAGUGAUGAUCCCGGGUGCGAAACUCCGUGAUGACUUGCGCCGUUGCGUGGAGAAUGACCCAGUACAGUCUCCUCUGGUCGAAGCAGUUAAGAGAAGUAAAGGAAUCGAGUAAGUAGCAAAUCACUCUUCCUCCCAAGUGUGGCCGAAAUGUAAAGCGAACCGGUUCGUAUUUCAACAGUUCAUUGGUGUACAAAUUGAGCUAGGAUCA